AUGAAGUCGUUGCUCUCAUUCCUGCUACUGCUGCUUGCAGCUGCUGCCCAGGCCAUCAGCGUGGGUGGCCGCCGCAUCCUGGCGAUCUGGGAUGAUAUAGAGGAGCAGGCCAGCUAUUCCAAGUUUGUGAGGGAUCUAGAGGAUCGGGGGUUCAAGGUCAGCCAUGCGACACCCAAGAUGGAGUCUCUGGCUCUGUUCCACCUGGGAUCGAGGACGUUUGACCACGUCAUUAUCUUCCCUACAAAGUCAAAGGGUCUUGGUCCCAACCUGACUGCCAAGGUCCUCCUUGACUUCAUCAAUGCCAACGGCAACAUCCUCCUGGCCCUCAGCUCCAGCCAACCCGCUCCCACCGCCAUCAACUCCCUCCUUCUCGAGCUCGAUAUCCAACUCCCUGCCGACCGAACUGGCCUCGUCGUGGACCACUUCAACUACGAUGCCUCGAGCGCUUCGGACCUGCAUGAUGUGCUCGCUCUGCCUCCUCCGGGCCCACUCCGACCAGGCUUGAAGGACUUCUUCGCCAGCGGCAGCAAGGACCAGCUGCUUGCUUUCCCUCGCGGUGUUGGACAUACUCUGGGAAGCGGCGCUCUCCUCACCCCCAUCCUCCGUGCCCCGCGCACCGCAUACAGCUACGACCCGAAAGAGCAGGCCGAGGUGGUUGAUGACCUGUUUGCUGCCGGCGAGCAGCUUGCUCUUGUCUCCGCCUUCCAGGCCCGCAACUCUGCGCGAUUCGCCGUUGUUGGCUCGGCAGAGAUGCUGCAGGACAAGUGGUUCGAUGCAAAGGUCAAGAAGGUUGGUGAGAAGAAGGAGGUUGCCACGUUCAACCGCGAGUUCGCCAAGCGAUUGACUGGCUGGGCUUUCCAGGAGAUCGGUGUCGUGCAGGUCAGGUGGAUUGAGCAUCACCUUAACGAGGAGGGCGCUCGUAAUAUCUCAAACCCCUCUAUCUACCGUAUCAAGCAGGACGUGUCCUACUCCAUUUCUAUCUCUGAAUGGCAGUGGGAUCACUGGGCGCCGUUCAUCGUCCCCGAAGGAGACGAUCUCCAGCUCGAAUUCAGCAUGCUGUCUCCUUUCCACCGUCUCAAGCUGGAGCAUGAUCCUUCUCGGUCCUCGAGCGAGUUCGCGGUGUAUGCCGUCGACUUCACAACGCCCGACCAGCACGGCAUCUUCAACUUCAUGGUCAACUACAAGCGGCCUUUCUUCACUAACAUUGAAGAGAAGCUGACUGUCACCGUCCGCCACAUGGCCCACGACGAGUGGGCGCGUUCCUACCUCAUCACGGCGGCGUACCCCUGGCUGGGAGGCAUCAUUGCCACGAUCGGUGGCUGGCUCCUCUUUGUUCUGAUCUGGCUGUUCAGUGCGCCCAAGAACCAGGCAUCGACGAUUAAGAAGACGCAAUAG